AUGCUGCCCCUCUGCCUCGUGGCCGCGCUGCUGCUGGCCGCCUGGCCCGGGCCGAGCCUGGGAGACGAAGCCAUCCACUGCCCGGCCUGCUCCGAGGAGAAGCUGGCUCGCUGCCGCCCCCCCGUGGGCUGCGAGGAGCUGGUGCGGGAGCCUGGCUGCGGCUGCUGUGCCACUUGCGCCCUGGGCAAGGGGAUGCCCUGCGGGGUGUACACCCCCCGCUGCGGCUCCGGCCUGCGCUGCUACCCUCCCCGGGGAGUGGAGAAGCCCCUGCACACACUGAUGCACGGGCAAGGCGUGUGCAUGGAACUGGCGGAGAUCGAGGCCAUCCAGGAAAGCGUGCAGCCCACCGAGAAGGAUGAAGGUGACCACCCCAACAACAGCUUCAGCCCCUGCAGUGCCCAUGACCGCAAGUGCCUGCAGAAGCACUUCGCCAAGAUUCGAGACCGGAACACCAAUGGGGGCAAGAUGAAGGUCAUCGGGGCACCCCGGGAGGAAGUCCGGCCUGUGCCCCAGGGCGCCUGCCAGAGCGAGCUGCACCGGGCCCUGGAGCGGCUGGCCGCCUCCCAGAGCCGCACCCACGAGGACCUGUACAUCAUCCCCAUCCCCAACUGCGACCGCAACGGCAACUUCCACCCCAAGCAGUGCCACCCCGCCCUGGAUGGGCAGCGUGGCAAGUGCUGGUGUGUGGACCGGAAGACAGGAGUGAAGCUUCCGGGGGGCCUGGAGCCGAAGGAGGAGCUGGACUGCCACCAGUUGGCUGACAGCUUCAACGAGUGAGCCCUACCAGCAGGCAGGGGGCUCCCUGCCCCCUGCUCCCCCUCCCCCUGGAGGCUGCAGAGCUGACCUGGAGCCUGGAUCUGAGUCCUGGCUCUGCCUCUGGCCCAGAAGUUUUCCUCGGCAUGUGUGGUGUGUGUGUGCGUUGAUGAGCAUGGAUGUACCCUUGGGGUGAGCCGGAGCCUAGGGGUGUCCUCUUGGGGCUUAGGUAGCCUAAGAGGUCAGAGUGGCAAUGGGGAGCCCUGGUGUGUUUCCAAAUUGACCCUGGAUUCAUUCAUUCUUUUAUUCAUUCAAGUCAUCUAAAAACAUUUACUGGCUACACAUUACACGCCAGCUCUAGAUCUCAGCCCGGGGUGGGGGAGCGCUAAUUCUGACUUCCUCUGAUGUGGACAAGGUGGACACAAGUCUGUGGGAGAAGAGAAGUUCCAUGUCCAUCAUCUGAGGAGGAAGGUCGACAUGUACCUUGACGUUGUCCCUCCCUCAAUCUAGGGGUAGAGAGGAGGCCACAGGGAAGGCGUGGGGUAGCAGAUGGCUCAGUGGCCAGGAGACCAGACCUACUCCCAAAGCUAAGGGCUGCCAGGCUCCUCUCCUCUUCAUCCCCAGGCCCUCCAAGGGCAAGGACCCGCAGAGACAAGCCUGCUUUGGGGCUGGGGGAGUGCCAUCUGCUUGAUUGCCUGGCAGCGGAAUCCUUGCUGUGGAGCGUGGGAGAGGGUCCUAGGAAGGCCUGCAGACAGAGGGCUGGGGUGGUGGGGCCCCUGUCGGAGCAGUGAGGGAGGGAGGGAAGAAUGUGUAAUUGGAAUGUGUGUGCGUGAUGGAGGAAAGGACCAGCGUAAAGGGAUUGGGCGGGAGUGAGGGACUUGCCUGGGGUCCCGUUCCCUUCCAUUUGUAGUCAGAGCCACGAGAUCACCAGCAGGACUCCAUCUUGCUCACAGCCUGCGCCUCUGCCUCCUGCUCCACACCCCCUUCCCUACAGCUCCCGCACCUGUACCCUGCCCGCUGGGCAUUUUCUGGCUUGCUGGAUGGAAGGAGACUUAGGGACCUACCAGUUGGCCAUGAUGUCUUUUCUUUCUUUCUUUUUUUUUUUUUAACAAAACAAAACAAAA